CCAGAAACAAUCCAAAAAGUGAAUUUAAAACCCACACAUAUAUAGGCAAUAUUAAUAAAAAAUUAUUACUAACCAAUUGUAAUAUAUUGUUCCUUCCCCAUCCAUUACCGUUUAUCCGUUUAUUUAUUUUUCUGAUUAUCAAUUAGAAUACUGUUUUAUUUGUGCAGGUAAGCUAAAUAGUAGUAACGCUCGUUACAAUGGGCUUGUUUGUUCGUCUGCCAAUUAUAAGGAUAAUAAUAUAAAUUGUAAUACGGCAGUAUUAUUGAUGACAUCAUGACUAAUUAUCUUCUAAAAAAUAAGUAUACUGAUAAUGCUGCCAUUUUUUACGUGUGUAGCACCGUGCUAUGUGCCAAGGACAACCGACAGACUAUCAGAAUUGACAUGUCGUGACCGCCGCCAUUUGACCAACGCGAGAAUACUCGGAUGGAAAGGUAUAUCGCACCCAGGACUGACAUGGCACUACGACCAUGAGCUCAACGCCAUGACAUGCCUAGGCUACUCCUGCCCUAUUUACACAGAAUUUAACCCGACCGCCCACAACCAAAACAGCUGUCUCUCCGUCCACCGCUCCUGCUACACGCUUCUAGCGGAACAGCUGGAGCGCAUAGAGGGCUCCCUGGGCAGCUGUAAUCUCCUCCAACGCCUCUUGCCGCAUAUAGAUUCCCGCGGAAUACUGUCUAUGGAUAAGUGUCGCAAGAUAAAAAAACAGAGAUCGCGAAUGAAUUUUCACUUGUCACGCACCAACACGGCCACCACGGCCACUACAGCCACCAUCACAAAUACUACUAUGGCUUGGUCAAUGUGCGAUCCAACGGACUUGCCCAAUAUUGAUAUUUUGAGUCCAAGAUCUGAGGCCAUGGGACUGUCACCUGUCCGGUUUGCUGAUACUGAGAGCAAAAUGUACAUGGCAGAAAAACACACUAUCUCCCAACAGCUAUUGACCCCGCCCAUGUCCCCGAUGAAUACCUCCAUGGAACAAUUUGACAUUGCACCAAUCUUCACUCUAUUAACAUUGCCGGUCCCUAUAUUGCUCGGUAUAUUCUCAUACUUGCAGUUUCAUGAGAUUCUGGCAUUGUCACAGAGCUGUUCGGUGCUCAGGAGAUAUUUUUCAGCAGAGUCUCAGGUCUGGUCGCAGAUGUGCCAGUCGACGCUAAAGUUUACGCCAAAGUUGUUACAUAACAGGCAGUUGGCUGAGUAUUAUUUGAGAGUGCGCGGGAAUGAAAGAAUGGAAACAAAGGUUUUGGUGCAAAGGAAACAUGUUGAAAAGGUUAUUCAACAAUUCAUGCACUCCAAGCUAGUCAAAUAACAUGAUCAAACACUUUUUAUAUAUAUAAUU